CCCCCGAGCCUCCAUGAUCCGAUUCCAUAUCUGUUCAACACGGUUCAGUUCGUGUUUAACAAUGAGAAAUUCAUGAAACGAGCUACGAAGGCGCUCGAGAAAAGCCCCGUCGUCCGAUUCUGGAUGGGUACCCAGCCAGUCUAUCUCUUCGGCGGAUUCAAGAACUAUCAAUCCAUUUUCGCGUCUCGCGAUUUAACGUACAACGGGAUCAUGGUGCAAAUCGGGUUCCCCAGGCUGUACCGAAUGACCAACGAUGAAGUCCAACGUUUUGCAAACGACAAGACCGGUCACAAGGAGACGCCACUCCCCGGCACCGAGCACGUUCCGCCACAAGAGCGAUACUGGGCCGCCAAGUACCACGUUUUAUACGAUUUCCUCAGCCGGAGCCAUCACAUCAAACCAAUCGUCGAGGAAUUCUCCAGGCAAUUCUCGCGGACGGUUGUGGAAAGCUAUCCCAUCGGCGAGUGGAAGACGCUGAGCAUCGACGAGCUGACCCGCCAAGAUUUCACUCGAUGUGCCAUCACAACGCUGUUUGGCCCCAAGAUCUUUGAGCUAAACCCCGAUUUCCUCGAUGCCUUCUGGCACUUUGACUCUUACGCAUCCGUCUUGGUCUAUGGCUUUCCUGAGUGGGUGUAUCCCCAGCCCUACAGGGCUUCGGACCGCUUCCUUGACAGGAUCGAGAAAUACGUGGAAGCCGGGUUGAAGAACUUUGACUGGAACGGACCGGAUGUUGAGGCGCAGUGGGAGCCGCACUUUGGGACGCGCAUUUCUCGUGAGCUCACCAAGUGGCUUACCGAUGCCGGCUUCCGCCGCAAGUCAGUUGCUGGAGCACUGGGGACGCUUGUGUUUGGCCAAAACUCCAACACAAUCCCUGUUGUUCAGUGGAUGUUGAUCGAGCUCAACAAGGACCCGCAGCUCCUGAAAGCCGUACGAGAAGAAGUUGCCACGGCGUUCGAGACGGACCCUGCCACCGGGGUGCGGACGCUUGACCAACAAAAGGUGGUGGGCUUGCCGCUGCUAAACUCGCUCUUGACCGAGGUGUUACGAUUGCGCGUCAGCAUGGUGAUUAUGCGUGUUGCGGAGAAGCCCAUGGUCAUCAACGGCGUCAACGUGCCACAAGGAGCACUUAUCCACGCCUAUUCCCGCAUCGCCCAGACCGAUGAAGAUACCUGGGGAGCUCCAGGACACCCGGCGAGCGAGUUCUGGCCCGAGAGGCACAUCAAAUACGUCGAGGAGAGAGACGCAUCGGGUCAGGUUCGCAAAAAGCGAGAGUUUGUCAUGGCUGCUAGCGCUGCUUGCUUCUUCCCAUUUGGUGGCGGAGUGCCAAUGUGCCCUGGACGUCACUUUGCCAAGAACGAGAUAUUCACAAUGGUGGGCAUACUGGUAGACCGGUUCGAGAUGGAGUUUGUCAAAUGGACCAAGAUGGAUGGAUCACCUUCCGACAGGCCAGCAGAGAGCGAUCAACGGUUUUCUGGUAUCGGGUCUUUACCCCCUGACCGUGAUAUGGUGGUUCGAUGGAAGCGGAUUUGGUGA